AUGUAUAAAUACGUGUUGAUUUUCAUAAUAAAACGAUCUGUUGCCUGGCCCUUGUCUUCUGUUGUUACAUUUGGUGUCGCUGCCUACCGACAAAUGAAAAGCCUAUACCCUGCAGUUUUUGAUGGAGACAUAUGGAUCUUCGGGCAGGACUUCAAGGCUUCUGCGCAGUUGAGUGGCGUUCAAGAUCUGUCAGCGAUGGAGCUGCUACUUGAGACGCUGCUGGGAGGUCGGGCGAAAGCAGCAUAUGAAGGUGUGGGCCGAAGUAUGGACGAAUGUUCGACAGGGUCAGGCAAACAGUUUCCAAAGUGGGAAGGACCAUAUAUGGUCACUUCGAGAUGGGGUUACGCAGACACAGUCGCAAUGGCGAACAAUGAGAGGCGCGUGAACGUCAGCGAGCUCCAGAAAUGGAUACAGCGAGACAAGCCAACGAUGACGCCUGCACCAAGUAGAUCAAGCCGACUUCAGUCGCACGUAUUUGACGGGGGGACGAGUGUGGUGAGAGCAGGCUGCUAGCCGAUUGGUUGGCACUAAUCUACGUUAAGGUCUAGGUCACUAAUAUGGGCCGUGAACAAGGCUGAGUCAACAACCAAUCACAGCGAAGUUAACGUGGCAAAAUAUGAUUCGCAGAUAGAGAACUCUGUUUGUCAAGGAAUCCCGAAACAACCAAUCAGAAGCCUGCGUUUGUCUACCUAAACAACCAAUCAGAUGACUGCGCUUGUCUAUAAUAAUGUUGUCUGAAAUAUGUAUAAAUACGUGUUGAUUUUCAUAAUAAAACGAUCUGUUGCCUGGCCCUUGUCUUCUGUUGUUACAC